CAUAUGUUUCAAGAAUAACAAACAAUAAUCGUACCUAUUAAUGAUAGAAUACGUAAUAAGAUUCAAAAAUACACAUCAGGUGAUAUAAAAACGAUAUUUGAUUGUAAAUUGAGCGCAUUUUCUUAUAAGACUUUGAAACCAUAGCAGUACACAUUCUGAGAAUCUGUCAUAAUGUCUAUCCUUAGUUACUUUAUAGUUGCUCUACUUCUCUUAGCGAAUGCAAAAUCUGACUCCAAUGUAUCGAGGACUUUCAAAAAACUUCAAUUGGUUCCCAAUGUCAUCCCGACCGCACCCCAGAAUAAACUUACUGUAAUUUACGGAGAAGACAGAGAAGUAGAAUUGGGAAACAGUUUUGAAAUCACCGACACGUUGUCACCACCAAAAGUGACAUGGGAUGGGGACGAAGACAGUUUAUACACACUAAUUAUGACCGGUCCAGACGUGCCUUUUCCCCAGCCGCCUCGCCCAAGUCAGAUCCUCCACUGGCUGAUUGGGAACAUAGAGGGCAAUGACCUAGACAGUGGUGACGUCAUAGCCCCCUAUCUACAACCCCUCCCCCCACCAACGAGUGACCCUCUCCGCUACACACUGUUGGUUUACAAACAGAACGACGUGGAAAACUUUACAGAACUGUCGACCCUCAAACGUAAAGGUUUUAAAAUCGCCGACUUCGCCGAAAAACACAAUCUUGAUGGUCCUGUAUUUGGAAAUUUCUUCUUGGCGAGCACAGUCAAAGCUAUUUUUUGAAAAAGAAAAAAAAUGGUUUAAUUUGGUAACAACUGUUUGUGGUACUAUUUAAUAUAUUUUUUAUCUGACAAAUAAUUGUAAUUAAAUAAAUUAAAUACAUAAAAAAAAAUU